UUCGGGACUGAUAUAACCCCGCCCUACAGGCUCUCAGACCAUCUUUCUCUUGCCAAUCAUGGCUAAAAACCUCUUUUCUGUGCCCAUAUUCUUCAUCGUAUUUCGGGAAACCUUGGAAGCAGCCAUCAUUAUAUCUGUCCUCCUUGGAUUAGCAGAACAUGUAGCUCAAGGACGUGCCUCAAAUUCGGAUGCGGCCUCCGAUAAUCAAGAGGAUACUGGGACAAACGACUCCGAGCAAGUUCAACGACGGCGACUCAUAAGGAAGCUGAGGAUUCAGAUCUUCCUUGGGAGUGCGGCUGGCUUUCUCAUUGCUCUCGUUAUUGGUGCAGCCUUCAUCGGAGUAUGGUUCACGAAAGCUUCAAAUCUUUGGCAAAAAUCAGAAGAACUAUGGGAAGGCAUUUUUGAGCUAAUCGCGGCGCUCAUGAUAUUCGUUAUGGGUGUCACUAUGCUCAAGAUGGAGCGAGCUAAAACGAAAUGGAGAAUCAAACUUCAGCGAGCAUUCGAUAAACAAGCCGAUGCGAAGGCUAGAACGGGGAAAUGGGCUCUCUUCAUCUUACCGUUCAUCACUGUAUUACGUGAAGGAAUGGAAGCAGUCGUCUUCGUGGGCGGCGUAGCUCUCGGUCAAGCCGCCACCUCUAUCCCGAUUGCUGCAAUCGUAGGACUCAUAGCAGGGUCGCUGUGCGGAUGGCUGCUUUAUCAGUUUGCGAGCCGAGCGACUCUCAGGAUAUUCUUAGUCGUCUUGACCUCCCUGCUUCUCCUCAUCGGUGCCGGCCUCUUUUCUCGAUCCAUCGGUUCCUUCGAACGGCAUGCCUAUAAUGCUUUACUCGGUGCGGAAAUCGACGAUGCUGGAGGCGAUGGACCUGGCUCUUACGAUGUUCGUGGAAACGUUUGGCAUCUCGAUUGCUGCAAUCCCGACAACAAGUUUGGUAGUCAGGGAUGGUCGGUGUUCAACGCCAUAUUUGGCUGGUCAAAUAAUGCGUCGCUGGGCACUGUUCUGGGAUAUGUUUUCUAUUGGAUUGCGGUUAUGGUGACGCUUGUGUGCUUGAAAUUUUUGGAGGGAAGGACAACGUUGUUUGGGAAGGAGUCGGAAGUUGGGAGGAAGCGGAGGGAGCGGAGGGAGGAGUCUUAUGAGGAGAAAGGGGACUCGACGAACGAUCAGCUGACUUGACUUCCAAUAAGUACACAGUCUUAUAUACUUGAAGCCUUGCUUCGAGGGUGUACAGAUAUGCACGUCGUAUACGACGAUCUCAGUCGUGCAUCAAGAAAAAAGCGUCUGUAUCAGGGAUAUAUCAAGAAAGAUCAAGGCGGAAUAGACAAUACAGUAAAG